CGGCGUCCCACUUGGUACGCUCCAAAAUGGCGGCCCCCAUGGUGCGGUGUGGGAUGCUCCUGGCUCGGAGAAUAUCCGCGUCUCGCCUUUCCCUGGCAGGUAAAAGAUGCCUGCUUUCUGCAGCGUACGUGGACAGCCACCAGUGGGAAGCCAGAGAGAAGGAGCAGUACCAUCUGGCUGAUCUUGCAUCCUUAAUGGACAAAGCAUAUGAAAGAAAGUUGCCUGUUAGUUCUUUAUCAAUAUCACGGUUUGUGGACAACAUUUCAUCUCGAGAAGAUAUAGAUUCUGCAGAGUACUAUCUUUACAAAUUUCGACACAGUCCCAACUGCUGGUACCUGAGAGACUGGACCAUCCACACCUGGAUUAGACAGUGUCUGAAAUACGGAGCACAAGACAAAGCCUUGUAUACGCUUGUUAAUAAGGUUCAGUAUGGAAUUUUUCCAGAUAACUUUACAUUCAACUUACUGAUGGAUUAUUUCAUAAAGAAAGAAAAUUACAAAGAUGCUUUAUCAGUGGUUUUUGAGAUUAUGAUGCAAGAAGCCUUUGAAGUGCCAUCCACCCAGUUUCUCUCCCUCUAUGUUUUGUACCGUUGCCUAGCAGAGAAGACAGAGCUCACAUGGGAAGAAGAAAGAGACUUUGGUGCGUCCCUAUUGCUUGCUGGCCUAAAACAAAGGAACACAGUGGGCUUGAGUUCCCAGCUGUAUGCCUGUGCACUUCUGGGGAAGGUAGAGCUGCAGCGUGGGCUGCAGGCUGUCUACCGUGGCAUGCCUCUGAUAUGGACACCAGGCUACCUUGACAGAGCCCUUCAAGUGAUGGAGAGGGUGGCCUCCUCCUCUGAAGAUCUCAAGCUGUGUAGAGAAGCGCUCGAUGUGCUGGACGGAGUCCUGAAGGUGGUGACGUCUCCAGAUGGCCAGGCUUCAAAGACACAGCCCGAGGAAGGUGAAGACAGCUUGGGCUCAGCCAACCUGGUGGAGCAGCUAGACACUGAGGAACCAGAACAGUCCAAGCUUCCCCGAUACCUGGAGCGGUUUCAGGCCUCUCUGUCUAAACUGCAGGAGCUGAACAGAGUUGAGUCCGAAAGUCUUUUGACUCUGACCACCCAGCUUGUAAAAGAAAAGCUCCCCGCCUGUGAGGCUGAGGACCUGGCCACUUAUGAGCAGAAACUUCGUGAGUGGCACCUGGAGCGGAUGCAGUUGAUCCAGAGGGAAGAGGAACAGAGGGAGAAGGCAAAGCAAGAGUACCAGGCUCUGAGCGCAUCAGAGAAGGCAGCCUAAAGUGCCCCAGGCCACCCCAGCGUUCCGCCAGGACAGGAUAGGGCUAGGCCUCUGCUGUCCAGUUCCUCUUCUUACAGGAAGCUGUGCUGUGUGCUAAGACACUGUCUGCCCUUCUAGAUGUCAAGGGCCAAGGAACCAAGAAAGUGGCAAACAGUUGGGCUGAAGCCACCAGCUAAAUCUCGUAUAGGGGCUGUCAAGGCUCACAGUGGAGUCCUGAGUACAGACUGUGGAAAUAUCGGGUGAGCAUGAGGGGAAGCUGUAGCUGAAGAAUCAGGUCUGCAGCACAGGUGUUUGAAUGAUUCCCUGGCCCCGCCCACGUACAUGGAACAACAAGCUUCAGGUGCUGAUGUUGGUAAACCGAGGACCACCUGCAUUCCAGAACCAGGUGCCCUUUAGCCCACUUCCAGUGACUCAGCACGAGUGGCCACAACAUGACCGGCCAUCGGAUGUGACACAUUUCCACUGGUAACACUGGUCUCAUAUUCUCCCUGUGCAUAUGCGCCAUAUAGUAAACCUUUAUAAAGCUUGCAGCUUCAUGGCCUGCCCCCUGCCCAUCCCUCCUCAGAGGCAGCCUUUUGAAUACCUGCCUCCCCAAUAAAUCUUUCCCAUGUGGUC